CUUGGCAAACGUUGCGACUAGUGCAAAGUGGAAAGUGUAUAGUGACGCUGCAAAAGUUAAAGUCUCUGGCAAAGUGUGAACAAAUUCCAAAGUGUGAUGGAAACGAGUUUAUUGUCUUUAGGCGGUUCAUGUUGCAAAAAGAAAACUACCUUUUAGCUGGUGGAUGUUUCAAACUUUUGUUAAUCAGAUACAGUUUUCAUCAUUUUACACAGUUAACAGAUAAUGUUGACGACUGUAUCACGAAGCCGGUGGCCUUUUGCUUAGUGAACACCAUAAACCGAAUGUUUUUCGUUUUAGAGACAGUCAAGGCUCUCAUCUUGUCGCUUGCUUAGAUCAUACAAAAAACGGAAACUUGUGAAAUGUGGCGUUAGCUAUUUAGGUAGAAGACAUUUAAUCGGUUCAUACAAAACAAAAACCCUCGAGCACUCACUUUGAAUUUGUGUGUACUGCAUAUGUAACGUUUGCAAGAAGUGCUGUUUUACUCAUGUAUUGAUAUUGUCGCUGUAUUGCUGGUGCCGUCUUAUAUCCGUUCGAGACUUGCGCGUGUGCAGUGGCUAGUUUGCGGGCUGCCUUUUCAAGGAAUUUUAUUCAGAUUAAUCAGCGCAUACACAUAUAUACAUUGCUAACCAUGACUCCGGAAGGGCACUCCAGUGGAACUGUUCGGUACAGUGCGGCUUAUUGGCUACGGCAGGGCUGUACCAGCGCCACCUCCACAGCCACCUCCACAGCCACCUCCACAGCCACCUCCACAGCCACCUCCACAGCCACCUCCACAGCCACCUCCACAGCCACCUCCACAGCCACCUCCACAGCCACCUCCACAGCCUCCUUCACAGCCACCACCACCAGCACCACAACCAGCGCCACCACCAUCAACACCACCACCACCACUUCUACCACUCCAACCACCGGCACCAAGAGCACCAUAAAAAUUAUUUCCAACAUCGUUAUUCGUCCAGCAAAAACCGUUGCCACAGGGAAGGAGCAGGAGGGUAUGAUACUUACAUCGGAACAAUAUAGAUUGAUGCAGAAGCGGUCAAUGACUGUGGAGAAAAUGGGUCGGGCAGGUGGCAAGCUGGCCAAGUACUCAAAAGUACCAGAAUAUCGGCCUUCUGCUCUGAUUGGCCAGGACUCCCGUCACCCCGCCAUACCAUCGACCAUUACCAUGCGGAAGGUUAAGGAUAAGCGCCCCGCCAUCACCACCGCCAACACCACCGUCAGUACCACCGCCAACACUACUGCCAACACCACCGUCCGUAACACCGCCAACACUACCGCCAACACCACCGUCCGUACCACCGCCAACACUACCACCAACACCACCGUCCGUACCACCGCGAACACCACCGCCAACACCACCGCCAACAACACCAUUCCAGCCUCGCUUCUCGAGACCAUCGCUACAGUCGAGACCAAAAUUCCGCGCCGCCCUACCGUCGUCCCUGCCAAAGCCGGAGUUCCUGCAACAGUUCCUGCCGUCGUUGCAACGGAUGCUCCUGCCGUUGCUCCUCCUCUGACCGAUGUGCUGCAGGUGAUAACCGAGCUGUCAGCAACAAUUAACCGCCGCUUUGACGAAUUCGCCGCGGAAUUUGUUGCCCUAAAAAAGGAAGUGAUGGUCACUCGGAAGACCGCCAUGGCUACCGAGCUGGCACUAAACAAAUUACAGAAAAUAGUAUGUGCCGAUACAGACGGUUACGCGCUUCGGCGACGGACGGUUUCACGCUGCAGCCCAUACGGUCAGAGGAGGAGCUGAAAAGCAUGGAGCAGAAGUUGACCGACAAGCAACAUGCUAAGAACUGCCUGGCAUGGUUGCAGAACGAGGUGAUGACAACGGAUCCCACCAAACGGUUGAGGGAGGUGCGGGAUUUUGUUAUCGACAGUGGCUUUAUUUCGCGUUGCCGGUGGUCUCAGCGAAACGGGAAGGUGUCGAUGGCACAUUUUCCGAACGUAUGCGAGCUGUUCCGCAAAGCCGCAGCGACCUGGAAGGCGCCUAUCACCACAGCAUACGUGGUAGAUUUUUUAAACGCGUGUUGCGGUAUUCUGCAAAGUCGAAGAAUGCAAACAAAGAAGUAAUGCUCAAUGUAAAUAAUAAUGAUAAUCUAGGUUAGUUUAGUGUAAGUUUUUUUAUAGCGUAGGUAGACAAGUUAAGUUUAGUUUCGUGUUGUACAU